AUGCUUAAACUCCGUCAAUUGCAGAAACAGAAACAGGAACAACUUGCGGAAAGUGCCACAGCACCAGAACGGCAAAAACAGCAACAUCAACAACAACUUUCAAACAGUGCUUCUCAGCUGCGUUUGCGCAAAGAUCUCGCCUCCCUAGAUCUGCCCCCCAGUGUGGAAAUAGAUGCAGCAGCACUCCAAACGAGUUCUACGCUUUACAUUCGAAUUACGCCCGAUGAAGGUUACUACGAGUCCGGCCGUUUCUCUUUCAAAGUAGUUUUCAAAGACACUUAUCCAAUUGAGCCUCCAAAGGUGACUCUCAUGUCUAGGAUCUUCCAUCCAAACAUCGACGUGCAGGGGAAUGUUUGUCUGAACAUCCUACGAGAAGACUGGUCGCCUGUGCUGGACGUCCAGAGCAUCGUAGUUGGGCUCUUGAUGUUAUUCCUAGAGCCCAACGCUACGGAUCCGCUCAACAAAGCCGCGGCGAACAUUUUAAAGUCAGGAUCAUCUCAGUUUCAAGGACAAGUGCGUAACGCCAUGAGUGGCGGCCUGAUCGACGGGCAGAGGUACGAUCGUGUGGUAAAGUGA